AUGAAUUGUGGCGGAGAUAGAAAUAUAUCAAAAGAAGUGUGUUUAGAAGUAAUUAAUGAUUAUAGAAUGGUAUCACUCUGGGAAGAAAUGCAUAAAGGUCAUAUAGGAAGAGAUGCAACCUAUGGGAACUACAAGACUAAAUAUUAUAAUAUGGGAUUGUAUUCUUUUGUAUCUGAUGCAGUAGAUACGUGUGACAUUUGCCAACGAAAUAGAAUAAAAGUCCAAAAAGAAUUCCUAAAACUUUUUCCAGGCUCCAAGUCAGCACAUGGAGCUCCUCGUACACCAACAACUCAAGGUAUGGUAGAAAGAUUGAAUCGAACUAUCAAGGAGAGGAUCUCAAAAUUAAAACAACAAGAUUUUCUUGAUGGUACUUCUAGGUCUCUUUCUGAACUAUUAAAACAAGCUUUGUAUGAUUACAAUAAUACAAAAACAAGAACAAUUAAAAUGACACCAUCUCAAGCUGUUGGUAUUGUACCUUUGUUUAUUAAUGUGCAAUCAGAACAAGACUCUCAAUCAAUUGGUGUUUCAGAUGUUUCAAAAGAAGAAAUAACAGCUAUUAUUCUUGAAAAUCUCACAAGUUACCAAAAUCAAUGGAAUUCAAAACCACCAAAGGGAUUGAAAGUUGGUGAUACUGUACUCUUUCUAGAAAUUAAAAAAAAUAAUAAAAUAUUGAUUUUGUGUAAAAUUCAUAAGGUAAUACAGGAAGACACUAAACAACUUUAUAAACUUGAAUUUUUGGAAGAUGGAAUCAAUAGCCUUCAAAAAAAAGGUUUAUACUCUGGUUUUGUAGGAGGUAACAAGUUGGUUCUUUAUAAACAAUCAACAGUUGAUAUUUUUAGAACAUCGCCAAACAUACAAAAAGAUAUUGAUUCUUUUACUUCUGGUCUUUAUUUAAAUAAUGAUGGGAAAGUUAUUGAAUUUCUGGUUCAGUUUAUUAAAAAUCUUGGUAAGGAUUUAUCCAAUUUCAACUUGCAUCAAUUGGUAACACAAAAUGAUCCAUUUAGGGUUUUGGAAGAUGCUCUUAACAAUCCAUCAAAUAUUCCACCUAUCAUUAACGAUAAUCCAUUUCAACACAAACUCAAUAAUGAAAUGGAACAAGAAGAAAUACUCCCAUUUUUAAAUAAUAAUCCAACAGCGCCAAAUUUAAUGAAUUGUUUGAGAAAGGAUAUGAAUUUAAAAGAAAUAGUACCACCAAUACCUCAAGUGCAAAUAAUACCAUCAUAUACUAUACCACAAUCUGGUAGUGGUAUAGUAACAACUGUUAAACGUCUCAGAGGCCGUCCUCAUAAGAUACCAAUUGUUAAUAAACCUCCUUUAAAAUCACAUUCUAAACCAUCCAAAUCACCUCUCAAAUCAACAUCCAAAUCACCUCUCAAAUCAACAUCCAUUUCACCUUCCAAUUCACCAUUUAAAUCACCAUUUAAAUCACCUUCCAAAUCACCAUUUAAAUUACCUUCCAAAUCACCAUCCAUUUCACCUUCCAAUUCACCAUUUAAAUCACCUUCCAAUUCACCAUUUAAAUCACCAUUUAAAUCACCUUCCAAAUCACCAUCAAUAGGAAAAAUCGUUAAUGUGAUACCUUCAAAAAAAGUUGCAAAAACAAAGUCAACAAGGACACAAAAAUUAGAACUUGAUUUGGUUGCAUUAAUAGAAGGGGAGGAAAAUUUGACUAAAUUCCUCCAAAAAGCCCCCAAAGUACUAUAUGUCAAUAGUGGUGAUGCUUUAAUCGUUAAAAAUCCAAAUAUGAUGUUACCAACAUUCCACUUAAAAUCAAAACAAUUUCACCAACAUUGUGUAAAAACUGUAAUAGAAAACGAAUUAUAUUUGGACUUUUUUGUAUACAAAGGAAAAUGCAAAAACAUCAAAUGCACCAGAGGUAACAAAGCUAGAAAAAAUUCAAUUGUGUGCAGUGUUUACAGUGAUAUGGUAAAUCAAGCAAUUGAACAACUCAGGGAUGAUAUUCUAUUUUGGGAGAAUCAAAUUAAAUUAGAUAUUAAUAAUAAUAAUAACAAUGAAAAUCAUCAUCAAAAAUUAGAUAAUAAUAACAAAAAUAUUUUAUUAAUUGGCUCAAUUGGAAUUUUAAGAACUCAUUUAUUAUUUAAUUUAGUUAAAGAUUCAAAUUGUUCAAAUAUUUAUUAUAUAUUAAAAGAUAGAAUUAAUUCUAUUAAUUCAAAUGAUGAAAUUUUAAAUAGUUUUAAACAAUAUAAACUUUAUGAACAAUUAAGUGAAUUUGAAAUUUCAAAGAUUCAUGUUUAUUUUGGUGAUUCAUCAAAGAAUAACUUUGGUUUACCAAUUGAUGAAUUGAAUAUACUUUCAAAUAAUGUAAAUUCAAUAAUUAUUAAUCAAGAUAGUGAUGCAGUAGAAUCAACAAAUUCAACCUAUAUAAAUGAAUCAUAUAAAAUCGAAACUGUAAAGGAAAUUAUUAAAUUUUCAAUCACUAAUGGUAUAAAAGAAAUUUUAAUGAUAUCUUCAUUAUAUGUUAAUUUAGGUAGAAAUAAUAGUAGUAGUACUGUAGAUUUUGAAACCUUAAUACCAGUUGAUAAAAUUUCUCAACUUUCAAAUGGUUCAUUACAAAUUAAAGCAGUCUCUGAACAUUUAUUAAAACAAGCUUCUGAUAAAUUCAAUUUGAAUACAAUUAUAUUAAGAACCCCUUCAAUUUUCUCAAAUCCAAAUGAUUAUGUUCAAUUAUAUCUACAAUCAUGUAUUGAAAUCAAGUCAUAUCCAAAUAUAGAAUUCUCAUUUUUAACAUCCCCAAUUUCAUCAUUAUCAACAACAAUUUCAAAUUGUCUAAUUAAUAUUGAAAGCUACAUACAAGAACAACAUCGUUGCUUUAAUAUUAUCAAUAUUGGAGUUGAAAAACCAUUACAAAUUGAGAAUAUUAAUAAUAUAUUAGGAUCACAAUUCAAUUGUGAAAAAGUUGAAUAUAUUGAAUGGUUUUCAUUAAUUCAAUCUUCAAAUUUCCAAUCUUGUAUUAAGCUAUUACCAAUUCAAAUUGAAUAUACAAGAUAUCAAAAUUCUUUCUCACAACUUUUAUUAUUAUCAAAUAAAUCAAUUUCGGAAUCAAAUCAUUGUUCUAAAUCUGAUUCAAUUGAAAAUAUAAUUACAAAUGAAAUGCUUAUAAACUCACUAAAUAAUUAUUAUAAUAAAUGA